AUGGCAGGUGCCAUCAAAGAUUGGCCGCAACUCAUGCAUCGGACAUUUGAGAAUCUCAAGCCAGGAGCAUGGGCCGAAUUUGCCGAUCUCGACAUCGACUACUACAGCCAGGACGGCACUCUGGCCGAAGAGGACGCCAUCUCACGUUGGAUCCAGAUCGCUGCUCAAGGCAUGGAAGAUUUGGGUCGCACUUUAAGACCCGGCAAAAGACUCGAGGGCUGGAUGAGGGAUGCAGGGUUCGUGAAUGUGAAUGUCGUCCGCAGUCCCGUGCCUGUGGGGGACCUGGCCCAAGAACAAGAGGCUGGUGAGUGACGGCUAUUGUGUCUUUUCGAUUUCGCCUAGAUUCUCUGCAGUUUCGUGGUUGCUGAGGCAUGGGUUUACUUACUUCAUAUCUUCUGUUUUUCCCUCUAUCCGCAGAAACGAAUAGGCCUUCUCAGUUUCAUCCAGCUUCACGAAGGGCUCACGGGCCUUAACGCCCGACUGUUCUGCGACUUUCUACGCUGGAGUCGACAAGAUCUGGACAUCCUGCUGAUGGAGGUUCGCAACGACUUUAAAAAUCCAGCUAUCCACAGUAUAUACGACAUGUACACUGUUUGGGGACAAAAACCCGGGCCUUGAAUGUGAGAUGAGAACCCAACGCAGGAGCAGGUUCUUCUUCUGUACCGCUACCAGUCACGUUGCGUUGACCGCUUUGAUCUUGGCCUUGACGAAUUGCCAAUGAUUGUCUUAUCAUGGUGCAAAUUCAUCAUCCGCAAACACGCUAGUCGCUACGCCUUGACGCACCCUGCCUAGCAGUUACCAUCCCAGAUUUUCAAACAUUGGGUGAAGUGCGACAAGGAAACCCAACGUACUUGACGUGGGAACGAGGGCUAUCCGGUAAACGGGGGUAGUAUAGAGGUAUGUAGGCGGGGGCGUUUAUGAUAAAUCUAUAGACAAUGG